CUCAAUAACAAACAACAUGGCGGGCAAUGCACCAGUAGUUUACAUUAAAAGAAAACGGUCGUCGUCAGGAGUUUAUUGUAUUGCCCCAGGCUGCACAAAUGGAUUUUAUACGAAGAAGGAAGAAGUACAUUUCCAUAGGCUGCCACUAACGGAUGAGAAGCUGCUCAAAGCAUGGGUUAUUUCCAUGAAAUGGUCCGAUCCGCCGCUGAAUCAGUACGCACGUGUGUGCAGCGAACACUUUAAAAAUGACGAUUAUGUCCACAAAAUGAGGUUUGAUGAGUCUGGAUGCUUGGUUUAAUACAAAACAUCGGAUUUGAAGCCAGGAUCUGUUCCCACAAUAUUCGAUUUCUCAACGUAUGCAGUCGGGAACACCGACCGUCCCAGCACGUCGGCCGCGCAAGACAAUGACAGUGUCAACAAACGUGACGUUCGAGCCACCAAACGAGUUGCUUCAGCUGCCGAGAGAGUGGGUCCGGCCCACGCUUCUGGUCGUCCGGCACCACGGGGGGCUCCUCAGAGGUCAGGGCAGGAUUGCUGGCGGUGCGGGCAGCCCGGCCACUUCCGACGGGAGUGUCCUCUCAUGGAGGUCGGACAGCUGGUUCGGGUUGCGGGACCGCCAGUUGCCUCCCCCGAUUUGGAAGGGACGGGGGGUACACACCAGGCUCUGAUGGACACGGGCUGUAAUCAGACGAUGAUCCAUCAGCGCUUGGUUCGGCCUGGGGCAUUGAUUGAAGCAUCGUGGGUGAAGGUGAGGUGUGUGCAUGGGGAUAUUCACCAGUACCCGGAGGUGACGCUGGAAAUGUCUUAUAAGGGGAAAAAGCUGGGUCAGGGCUGGAGUUAGCACUCGCCUUACGCACCCCCUGAUUUUGGGAAUGAAUUGGCCGGGGUUUGCUAAGCUAGCGGGGGCUAUGGGGGUGCGUUCACACAUGGCAGGGAAAUGUGAGUUGUGUGCUGUGUUUAGUGGAGAGUCGGAGGCGGCUGACGACGUCGAGGAGGAGACGGACACGGAGGGGGCAGCGGAGGUCCCUCUGGACCCGCUGGUGUUUCCCAUGGAGGAUUUCCCCCUCGAACAGUCGAGGGACGAGACCCUUCAGCACGCCUUCGGCCAGGUGACCGACGCCUCGAACAGUGGGGUGGGGGCCGUUUUGUCCCAGCAAGUAGAGGGGGUUGACCGCCCCGUACUGUACAUUAGCCCUAAGCUCGCCCAGAGGGAGGUAAACUACAGUACGGUGGAAAAGGAGUGCCUCGCCAUACAGUGGGCGGUCGGCGCCCUGAGGUACUACCUCCUGGGGCGCCCUUUCAUCCUCUGGUCGGACCAUGCCCCGCUCCAGUGGCUCCACCGCAUGAAGGAUGCCAACGCUCGGAUCACUCAGUGGUAUCUGCCGUUACAGCCUUUCAACUUCAAGGUGAUCCACAGGCCGGGUAACCAGAUGGUCGUGGCUGAUUUCCUCUCUCGCUCAGCGGAGGGGGGGGAAGAGUCAGCUUGCGGCCGGCGGGAUCCCGGCCUGAGUCGGGCGGUGGGGGUGGGGGUGGGGGCGGGAUCCUGGAAGGUCGCCAAAGGACCUGUGAAGGUUCCCACACGGGCAACGUAUGCUGUGGCAGUGCCCACCAAGGACCAGACAGCUCAGACGACGGCGAGACAUUUGUGGACCGCCCUCAUCCAGCCUUCCGGGUGCCCAGAAAGGUUCUUGACGGACCGAGGAGGUGCCUUUGAGUCUGAGAAAAAGGGAACAAUUAAUGGCUGGGUGAGAACACACCAUCAGACACUGCUUGAAGCGUAUAUCCGGGUACGAGCUCAUACCAAGCAAAGGCAGAACUGGGACCAGGCACGGUACGGCCUGGCCAUCCAGUGUAUAGUAUCCGGCCCGAGGGGAAGGAAGGACCGAUACGGACGAUGCACCGCAACAACCUGCGUCCCUGCCCAGCAGGAUUAUGGACCGAGUCUCAGGUGGGACUCUCAGCCUACCCCAGUCAUACCAGGCCUAGUGCCUGAGCCAGAGCAGUUUGGGGAACUAGAGCAGGUCCCAGCUCAGUUGGACCUUGAGCCUCAAUUGGAGGGUGGGCUUGUGCCAGGGGAAGGACAAGGCCCUGUGAGAAGGUCGCAGCGUAAACAUUUUGGGGUGCCUCCACAAAGGUACCAGGUCUAA